AUGGUAGCGCGAACAGCGUUGCGUUGGAGCGGGGUCCGACUGGAUAAACAGUCGCAUUUUCUCACCAAUCUCAAACAUGGCUGCUUUUACGAUAGAUAUUCUCCUUAAAACUCCGUAACUCCACAGUCGCCUUGCUGCAGUCUUCCCGAGGUGUUUUGAAAAACUGAGACUCACACCGGUUUUGCAGUUGUUGGACGACGAACUAAACGUGACGUCAUCUCCUGCCGCCUCAACGACUAACCGAUUCAAAGCUGUUGGCGGUGUAACUAGCUGACUGCUGUGUUCUCUUCAAUGGCUCCUCUCAAAUUUGCCAUUAAGUGUGGGAACUUUGCUGUGCUGGUGAAUCUCCACGUUCUGCCCCUGGGCGGCCAAGAGGACGCCGGCUGGUUUACCGUGGAGCACAUUCAGGAGGUUACUGCCCUGGUUCGAGAGGCUGUGGACCAGAGGGUUAAGCAGUACACAGACUCCCUCCACAAUGGAAGACAGCCCAAACAGAAGAAGGAGCUGACACCUGCUUCAGCCUUUUAUGUGAAAGGGAAAAACUUCAACCUGGUGGCCAAUUUUCUGAAGCGGCACUUCAACCUCAGAUGUGUAGACAAGCGGCUCUAUGGGGAUUUGCGUGUGUUUCCUGAACGCUAUGUUGUGUGUGCGAGCUGUCCAGAGGAUGCCGCGGCGCACCAUGGAAACCUGAGCAUGGCCGCGACUCAACGGAACGAACAAAGCCGAUCAGAAUAUUUUUCCAGAGUGGGAGAAACCCAAGAGCCUUUAAACAGCUCCACAAAAACAAAGAAGACUGUGCUUCAAAAGAUAGCCAAACAAGCUCAAGUCCAGCGAGAGCGUUAUGGUUCCAGUGUAGGGGAACAGAAGAUUGACCCAAGAGCCUGUCCCAAAAACCAAAGAGGGGAACUUAAAGCUGCAGAGUCAGAAUCGAGCCCAAACGAGUCUGUAUCCAGCUCCGGACAGAAAGCCCUCCCAGAGGCAGACCACACGAUGCCUUGUCCCAGUGCCUUGAAGGAAGCUGGGAUUGAGAAUACUCAAAAGCUGGGCCUGACCCAGUUGCAGCAGACUGAGAACAGUCCUCCAGACAACAUCAACCCAAAUGGGGCCUCAGAAGUGUUCUGUCCACAUGAAACCAGUCGGGAGACGAGAAAGAGCAAGAGGUGCAAGCCAAGCGAUGCAGGGGAAGACCCUCGCCCACAGAGGGCCAAGAGGACGUGUCUUGGAAGACCUCCAGCCACAAUGCAAACUCACUCCACAGUGCACUCCACACAAACAUCCAAGCAUUGCCUUCUUCCUCUGCCACCUCUUCCUCUCGUCGAAGCCGAGGCAGAGUCCAAGGCUUUCCCAGUCACCGAGCGCAAGAAAACCACACUUGAAGUAGAGCUGCUUACUCCAGAAAAACGGGCCCAGAGGCUCCCCCUCACAAGCAAUAACACGGCACAGACAAACCAAAACAGGCUGGCCGCAAGUCUGAGGGGCCUAUCUGUCAAGCCUGCAUCCUCAGGCUCCUCUAUUAGUUCCAGAUCCACACUCGGAGACGGGGGGAGUGAAAAUGUGCCCAGAACCUCGAGAUUACGACGACUGAAGAGGUCCUGAGGGGGAGAGCUACAGUAAAGAUGCCUGACGCCACAGAGAUGAUAUUGUGUCAGGCUACAUGUGUACCUCACAUGACAUGCAUUUUGUACACGAGUCACAUUUGAUUACAACCUCUGCUCUUUUCACAUGUGCUGCACAUUCAGUGCACACACAGAUCAAAUGCUGAACACAUUAUAGCAAUUGAUACUUGAGCGUUUGAGUUACGCUUUGUCAAAUUCUUGAAACAGACUUCGUCUCCACCCUUAGUGGCGGUCAAGAGUGGCUCGCAAAACGAAAGUCGAGAAACCUUUAAUUGGAGUUUUAGAUUUGGUUUUGUGUUGGAAAAUUGGGGAUUUCAGACAGGCAGGAGCCAUGCAGUACGUCAUGGCUUUCAGUCUGAAGUAUUGGCUCCUACGUGUCUGAAAACUGUCUCCCGGCUGAAGCUCUGCUGUGAUUGAUUGCCGUGUCCAGAUUUAUUUCAUCACCCCAUUCUCAAAAAUGUACUUAGAUUUCAUUCACAUACAAUUUGCUUAAUACUUAGUUGCUAAGCACCUGAAAUGUAUCUUUAAAUUUAAGGGUGUUUUGACGCUUGUAUAAUUGAAUUUGGACCCAAUAUGUGUGGAUGUGUGUUGGAUCACUGGCUGGACCCUGGCCCAGACGGAGCGACUAGGGGCCACCAGUCACUCAUACCCCCAUGUAAAGCCCAAGAUGUUCCACUUGAUGACAUCAGAAUGUUUCCCGGAUAUAUAAGUCCCGAUUUAAUUUAAUUAGACUUCAAAGACAUUUUAUGAUAUAAAUAAAUGUUUUUUUCCAAACAAAUAAAUAAAUCUCUGAAUCUUUGUGG